AUGGAAAGCAGAAACGUGACAGAGUUUAUUCUCCUGGGACUCACGGAGAACCCAGAAAUGCAGAAAAUUGUGUUUGCUCUGUUUUUGGUCAUCUACCUCACCUCUGUAGUAGGAAAUGUGCUCAUUGUGGUCACCAUAACUUUCACAACAUUAUUAGGAUCACCUAUGUACUUUUUUCUAGCUUAUCUCUCCUUUAUUGAUGCCUGCUAUUCAUCUGUCAGUACCCCUAAACUGAUUACAGAUUCACUCCAUGAAAAGAAGAUCAUUCUAUUCAAUGAUUGUAUGACCCAAAUCUUUGGGGAACAUUUAUUUGGGGGUGCUGAGAUCAUCCUGCUGACUGUGAUGGCCUAUGACCGCUAUGUGGCCAUCUGCAAGCCCCUGCACUACACAACCAUCAUGAGCCGACAAUUAUGUAGCCUACUAGUGGGAGUGUCAUGGUUAGGAGGUUUUCUUCAUGCAACAAUACAGAUCCUAUUCAUCUUCCAAUUACCCUUCUGUGGCCCAAAUGUCAUAGAUCACUUCAUGUGUGACCUGAACCCUUUGCUCAACCUUGUCUGUGCUGAUACCCACACUUUGGGGCUCUUUGUUGCUGCCAAUAGUGGGUUCAUCUGUUUGUUAAAUUUCCUCCUUUUACUGGUCUCCUACGUGGCCAUCCUGCGCUCCCUAAGCAACCACAGCUUGGAGGGGAGGCGCAAAGCCCUCUCCACCUGUGGCUCCCACAUCACUGUGGUUGUCUUGUUCUUUGUGCCCUGCAUUUUUGUGUACAUGAGACCUGUAGCUAUUUUACCCAUGGAUAAAGCAGUCGCUGUGUUCUAUACUAUGAUAACUCCUAUGUUAAACCCUUUAAUCUAUACCUUAAGAAAUGCUCAAAUGAAAAAUGCCAUUAGGAAACUGGGUAGUAGAAAAGUUUUUUUAAGUGAUGAAUAA